AUGGAAAGUUCAUUAAAUGAAAAGAAAAAUUUUAUUAGACAUGUUUUAUUAAACUCUCCUCCUGUGAAAAUAGCCGACUUAGUGUCAGAUCUGAAAACUUUAUUUGGAACCAGUGCAGCCAUCCUCAAUUCAAUUGAAGAAGCUGUGGCAAAUCACAAUGAAAAAAGUUAUGCCCUCAUUCCCGUUGCGGAUGAUGAAUAUGUCAUCACCUGUGAAGAAGCAAAAAUUGACAAUUCUUACAUUCAUCCAAAGCUGAAAUCUUUGCUAAUUGUAAACCACAUGAAGAAGAACGUAAACACAAUGACAAGUCUGGAAUUUUUGAGCUAUCCUGAACUCUUGGAAAAUUAUAGAAAAAAAUGUAGUGAAAAGUUGGAGGAAUAUGUCCAAGUGCAUUAUUCGAAAUGGAACGAACUACAAACGAUAAAUUAUCCAACUGUUAAUAUAAAAUCGAAGAAUGGACUAAAUGUGAAAUGUAGUUCUUCUGUGUACGCUUCAGAGAACGCAGGCAGAUUUAACCUCAUCCUAAUAAUAUGUUGUGACAGACACUAUUUAAAGAAUUUUCAUGCCAGUUCAUGGAGGAGUACCUGGAAUGUGAAAUUUUUAACAACGGAUGAAGAAGUACUCAUAAGGGGCACUAUAGAUAUAGUUCUUACAUAUUUCGAAGAUGCAAAUAUCAAUUUUAAAACAUCCAAAAGUUUCGAAAAAACUGUUCAAGUGAAUACGGAUAUUGAUAACUUUUCCACAAACAUUUUGUCUUCUAUUAAGGAGUGUGAAAAUUGUACACUGUAUGAGCUAAACGAGUUCCUUAUUAACAUAGGUAAAAAUGUUGUCAAAAAUACACGGAAAAUAAUACCAUUGAAUGGUGACAAAUUUGACUGGAAGGAGACAUACCAAGAUAUCCCGGCUCAAAUUCAGUUAGUACAUGUACACACAUUACAUAUGUGUGAAAGUAUGUACGAAUUUGCAAAUAUUGGAUAUAUAAAGAUUUAA